CUAGGCUAAAUUAUAUAAUAGGGAUUUCUCUAGUUAUACUAGGCCUAACUAGUACUAACUAGCCUGGUGAAGUAGGCCUACUGAUCAUUUUGUGACUCAGUGAAACGUGCUCAACUAAGCCUAAUGCCAAAAAUCUUUAGAUGCGGGUGGAUAUCAAAGUGCCAGCAAGAACUUUAACCCCCAGGAUCUUGAUGUUGACAUCAGCAAGCGUAGUUUCAUGAUUACAGGAGCAAACAGUGGUGUUGGAAAAGCUGCUGCCUUGGCAUUGGCCAAAAAAGGCGGAACUGUCCACAUUGUAUGUAGAAAUAAAGAUAAGGGGGAGACUGCUCUGAAAGAAAUUCAAGAUGAAUCUGGUAACCAAAAAGUCCAUCUUCAUCUUCUAGAUUUGUCUAAGCCACGAGACAUAAAAGCAUUUUGUCAGGAUUUUAAAUCCAGUGGACACUCGCUUAAUGUUCUAGUGAAUAAUGCAGGUGUUCUUGUGGGAGGAGACAAACGCCAGCUGACAGAUGACGGACUUGAAGUCACGUUUGCUACAAACACUUUAGGCGUUCACAUUUUAACUCAGGAACUUCUGUCAGUGCUGGAAAGUUCAGAUAACCCAAGAGUUAUAAUUGUAUCAUCUGGGGGUAUGCUGGUCCAAAAGUUAGAUCUGAGUGACCUUCAGUUUGAGAAGAUGACCAAGUAUGAUGGCACCCUGGCAUAUGCCCAGACCAAAAGACAGGAAGUGAUCAUGACAUCAGUGUACGCCAAAGCCCACUCAAAAAUUCAUUUCUCCAGCAUGCACCCAGGAUGGGCAGCAACUCCUGGUGUUCAGUCUUCACUGCCUGACUUCUAUAACAGAAUGAAAGAUCGUUUACGAAGUGAAGAUGAAGCUGCAGACACCAUCUUGUGGCUGGCUAUAGCAGAAGCGGCGGGGAAACUCGAAAGUGGACUUUUCUAUCAAGAUCGCAAACCUGUUCCCACACACUUACCUUUAGCAUGGACCAAAUCUUCACCAGAGGAGGACAGAAAACUUGUGGAAAAAUUAGAUGAAAUUGCUAGCAAGUUUUAGCUCUCUUGUUCAAAUUUCUUUUCAAAUGCUCAAGUCAUUUACUUCUGUGAUUUACUAAGCAGAAAACUGUACCACUUCAAGGGAUGGCACAUGAAUGUCUAAAAAUUUAAGUUUUCCAAUAGUUUGUAUUUGUUGGUCCAAGAAUUUCUAGAACUCAGCAGCCCAGCUAGUAGUACGUUUGAAUGAUGGAACAGGCAGUUAUUACAUCGCAUGAGCUAUACUUGAAAGUGUAAUUUGUGGCCACUGUUACAUAAUUGAAUAGUUGCUUUCAGUUGAAAAUGUUCUAAGAAACUGAUCUUCCUUUGUACAGUACUAGCAACUUGACGUUCCAAUGUAAUAAUCUGAAAUGUCUAUCAUACAAUUGUUUAAAAUCUGUAUAGUUUAGUAUUAAUGUGUUGGUUUUUAUUGUAAUUCCAGGUUUCAAGCCUUACUUUGCCAUGAAAUUAUUUUGCUAUAUCAGUUUCCAUUGUAUUACUGGACUGGUCUCUACAUCUGUAAACACUGUCAAAUCUAUACAUAGCCUGUGACUACACACCUGUAAAACACAUGGUCAUAUCUAUCCUCACUUGCAAAACACAUGAUCAUAUCUAUACAUACCCUGUAACUCCACACCUGUAAAACACAUGGUCAAAUCUAUCCUCACUUGCAAAACACAUGAUCAUAUCUAUACAUAGCCUGUGACUCCACACCUAUAAAACACAUGGUCAUAUCUAUACAUACCCUGUAACUCCACACCUAUAAAACACAUGGUCAAAUCUAUCCCUCACUUGCAAAACACAUGAUCAAAUCUAUACAUACCCUGUAACUCCAUACCUAUAAAACACUGUCAUAUCUAUACAUACCCUGUAACUCCACACCUGUAUAACAGAUUAAGUUUAGCUGGGUAUACCUGUGGAAACCCUGUGAUUUUACAAAUGGAAACACAUUGUCAUCUAUAGAAACCCAUGUAAACACAUGGUCUAGCUCUUCAGUACAGUUAACUUAAAAUUUCAUUGGCAUUAUUUAUUUUUCUGUUACCACUUUUAUAUUUUAUUUCAAAACUUCAUCCCUGCAAUAUGAUUCACUAUUUUUAAGCUGUUUACGCUGAUGUGAAGUAUAAACUAAGAAACAAUUAUACACAACAGUAGUUUAUUGUUCAUUUGUAUAGUUUUAUACAUGUAAUAAAGAUCCAUUUUUACUU